CUAUAUAUAUACACACACAUAUAUACAGUAAUAGUUAUAGCUGAGUGAUGAAAAACAGAUGAGGAGAAAUGUGGCAAGAAAUGAUGAGAGAAGAAACAGAAGAGGAAGAAAUAGAGAGAUUAUUUAUGGGUGUAAUGGAAGGGUACAAAGAUACUUGCAUUCCACCAUUGACUGAUGUUUCUACUACGAAUGCGAUGGUGGGUUGUAGCUCAUUAAAUUAUGGGAAAAGGCAGAGAAAAGAAGGUCCUAUUAAUGAGAAUGAGAGUAUUAAUAUACAGAAGGGACGUGAGGGAAGAAGGAAAAUGGCUGAGAUGUAUUCUGUUCUUCAAUCUUUGGUCCCUACUCUCUCCCACGUCCAUAAGGAAACAAGAGAGAACAUUGUAGCAGAGUCUACAGAUUACAUCAAGCGCCUAGAGCAAGAAAUAGUAAGGUUGGAGAAUUUGAAGAAGUCAUUUUUGGGAGAAUUGGUGGUUGAUAAACCAGCUUUAUCUCAAUGCAGAAACAGGGUUUCCUCUGUUAAUGUUACUGUCUCGAAAGGAUUAGCAUUUUUUGGGAUCCAAUUUCAGCUAAGUCAAGGGCUGCUGACCAAGAUUUUCGGUGUUCUUGACAAGCAUCAGGCUGAAGUUUUGGCUGCUAAUAUCUCUGUAAGUGACCAUCGGAUAGCGAUACUAACAAUCACAGUAAUGAUAGGACAUAACAAAAGCGAUAUCGUAGAGAAUAUUCAGAGAGAAUUACUUCUUAUUUAGGACUGGUUUUGUGAUUUAUAGGCAUUGGUUGAUAGAUGAUCUAAAAUCAUCAAGUUUUGCUAUUAGUAAAAGGUUUUUUGAGAUUCUUUCGUCAGUGAGAUAUACACAACAGACCUGAGACAGGAAACGCUUGUUGCUGGUUAUGUACAAGCCAUUAUUUAAAGAAAAUGCAUACAAAUCAUUAAAUGGUUGUAUUAGAUAUUAUUUCAAAAAGUGAAAGCAAAACACAGAUGUUACAAAGGGAAAUGAUUUUGUUCCAUUAUGCCUUGGACUAUGUAGUUUUGUAUUGUGUAUAUGUUUCAGUUAAUGUUGUCCUCUUUUCUAUGCAAAUCUUCAACCCAAUGUGCCAUUUCAUGAUCGAGCAAUUCAAGAACCACGGUUUUGUUCCUGUUGUUUAUGCUUCUCACAGAGUUUUGCCAGCUCUUAAAUCACGGUAGCUCUAUGUCUUCAUCUGCUCCCAUUUUGAUCUUAGCGCCCAUUGUUCGUACCUUUUUUCCUUAUUUCUUCCCUGUUAUCUCUACAACCACAUCUUUUAUCGCUCUACUUAUCUUCCGUGUUCAGUCCCCCAUCACCUGCCUUUAUCACCUCUACUCCAGCACCAGCCAUCCCCAUCAGCCUAGCAUUUAUACAUUGAUCAAAUUGCAGUGGCAUGGCCAUAAUAGGGACUCUGGAAUUUAUUCUGUCCAUUACAGAACUCCAUCCGCAAUGGCUCACAAAACCACCAAUACUAGAAUGAGCAAGAAUUCUAGCCUGGGGAUCCUCUUCCUCUAACCCCAACCGGAGACCUGAUUACCCAUAUGAAGUUGAUAUUGCCAAUCUCUAGCCCUUGUGCAAUCUCCUUCAUCUCUUCCUUAAUCAAGAAACACUCACUUCCAAAGGAUACUAGCACAGUUGAAGCAGGAUCCUUCUCGUUUAACCAUUGGAUGAUCUCUGAAGAUUCAUCUGUAUUAGAGUCUCUAACAAGCGGACCAACAGGUAUUACCUUUUUUCCAGUUCAAAUAGAUAGGAAAUCGAUGUAUGUUUGCCUCAAUUUCUCCAAAACCUUUUCUUUACCAUGGUUCUAUGAGGACUCAACGCGAUGAAGCUUGCUUUAUCUCAUAGUCCUUAAGAAAAAUGGAUGCAGAAGGGAGUUGCUCACAUUUUGAUCUUAUUGUAUUUUCUUUUCGCACUAUGGAUAUGCUAAUAUGUAUAUAUCUGGACAAUGUUUCUUGUAGCUAACAGUCGUUAAGAGAUGUCAUUUAUGUGAAUCUUGAUUGUGAACUUUAAGUUCUAUUGAAACUUUUAAAGAGUUUACUUU